AUGGACAGGUUUUGCUGCAAAGCACAGAUACUUUCUUAAGUUGGAGAAGUUGGCUGGUCUAGAAAUUUUAGACAUAUUUAUGCCCUUUAGCCUUCAAACUGGGGCUCCUAAUAUGACAGUUCAGGUUAGGCCAAAUGAUAAUUUAUUAUGUUUAUUUCAGAUAAGCUAUGCAUCUGCAUUAUCAGAUCUGCGUGAUAAAGUCCAGUUUCCGUCUUUCUUACGUACACUCCAAAGUGAUCAAAUCAUGCCCAUUUAUAUUAUUAACCUUAUGCGCCACUUUGGAUGGACUUGGAUAGGACUCCUGGUUUCUGAUAACGAUUUUGGUCUCUAUAGCAGUGAACUGGUAAGAAAAGAGAUCGAAGCAGCUGGAAUCUGUGUAGCCUUUUUAAUGAAGCUAUCUGCACAGCACACCAGAGAUCAGACACUUUCAAUACUUCAGGCCAUCAAAAAAUCCACAGCUAAUGUUGUAUAUUUUUACUGCUCUAUGCCUGAAGUCAUACCUUUUACACAAGUGGCCACAGAGCAGAAAACAUCUGGCAAGGUUUGGAUUGCACACGCUAGCUGGAUCUCCUCUCCAAUAUUUUCAUAUAAAGAAUUUUGGAAAACAUUAAAUGGAACCAUUGGAUUUCUAUAUCCAUUCAUACAAAUUCCAGGAUUUGGAAACUUCCUCUAUAGUAUUCACCCAUCCUUAUAUCCAGAGGAUAUCUUUAUGAAAUCAUUCUGGGAAACAAGUUUUGGGUGCAUGUGGUCAUACCAAGGCCAAAAUCAAUCCGCAAAUAUUUCUCUUCCUCACUGCACAGGAGAGGAAAAUCUUAACACUUUAGCAAGAAAGGGCUACAACGAAGAGAGCGUUAGAUAUGCCAUUCUAAUUUAUAAUGCUGUUUAUUCACUUGCCUAUGGGAUAAAAUAUAUGAUUUUGGACAAGUCUUCCUCCUCUAGUUUUAAUAUCAGUCAGCUUCAGCCAUGGAAGGUGAGUUAUUAUGUGUUGCAAAUUGUUGGCUUGUGGAUUCAGAUAAAGUGUGCAGUGACUGUGUUCAUAGUAUCAUCGUAG